CAGCUCUCUGACAUUCCUCUGAUCUCUUUUCUUGCCUAAUGAAGGACUGGCUUUCACAUGACAAAUGAGUAAAAUUCUCCAGUCUCAGCUGGGAGUCUGAAAAGAUGCCACGAAAGCAGAGUUCCAGGACCCCAAAGCAGCACGUUCGCAGUAAAAGCCAAACUGAUCUCUCUGCGUGGCGAAAAGGAGGGCGAAUUGACUCUGAAAAAAGUUUGCAGAAUCAAUCUGCCAAUGAUCAGAAAUAUGAUAGCCAGGAAGGGUCUCUAAAGCAAGCUUUGAGCUACUUGGAGAAAGUUCAAGGCCGUGUUGCACUGAAGAAGAACAGUGUUCUGCAGAAACACUUGAAUGCUGUGGAAAGCACUGCCCUGACACAAGGGCUGCCCCCUGAAGGGUUUGAGAUACUGCUGAACGUGGUGCUCAGUGGCAAAUUUGCUGAUACAGUGAAUACUUGUUUGUUGAAGUGCCUGAUUCCUGCCUCAGUGAUCCCAGAAAAUUCUGUGGUUAAAGCUGUGUCUUGGCUCUGUGUCCGCAAAUGCUCAGCCAACAUCCAGCUGCUUUUUUUAAAGUGGCUGAUCACAAUGUUUGACUUCAUUGAUCACAAGGAACAACUUCGUGCCCUCUAUGGCUUCUUCUUCUUCUUCCUGCAAGAUGACAAGAUGUGCCCCUUCGUCUGUCAUGUGCUCUACCUGCUGACCAGGAAAGAAAAUGUCAAGGCUUUUCGGAUUAGGGCACUGCUUGACCUCCAAGCAAAAAUGGGAAUGCAGUCUCAUCUACAAGCUCUGCUAUCACUUUACAAACUUUACUGCCCAGAACAGGUGACCAUAACCCUUCCUGGGAAAAUGAAGACUUACUUCAAGAAUCCAGAGGGCCCAUGGAAAGCAGCAAUCGCUGCAGUAAGGCAAAGAAACCAGGGAACCUCUGCCCUGUCCCAGAGAAUGUUUUUAGGCACAUCUCAACCUCAGUCACGAAAAAGGAAAUGGAAUGCCCAGUUGGUUAUACCUGCAAGCAGUACAAACAAUUUAGGAGAGGACAGACAAAAGAACAGUGUUUGUUUGUACAGUACAAAUGAGACUUUUCCAGUGGAGCAGCUGCAGACCUUCCCUCAGCUCCUACAAAAUAUCCAUCGUCUAGAGUUUCCUUCCCGGAUGGGUUCAGUGCUAACAAACCCUUUAUUGCUUCACUACAUGAAUUGUGUGAAAGAUGAAUCUAUUUACCUGAGGCUCUACUAUUGGAUGGGCCAGAUGCUCCAGGAAGAAUGCACCUGGUGUGUGGUUGAUAACUCAUCUGAAGAAGAAUUCAAGAGCUUCCUGGAAACUAUCUACAAGUCAGAAUGUUUCUUGCAGGAGGGGUUUUCUGCCUGUGAAGAGUUCCUGUAUAAGACUCUUCCUCUCUGGGAUGGCCUCUGCUGCCGCUCAGAAGUCCUCAGUCUCCUGAGUUGGAUCUCCCUCAGCAGUUUCUCUGACAUUAAGUCAUAUAUCUAUGAUCCCCUGGCACAGCUCUUUUUCACAUCAUCUAUUUACUUUAAGUGCAGUGUUAUUGAGAGCCUGAAAGAGCUGUUGCAGAACUGGUUAAAUGAGUCUCAAAUGCAUUUGGAGUUGUCUUCUUUGAACACCCCCCUCUCUGGACAAGUGAAGACAGUGGCUGAGCUAAUUUUCUUUGUGGGAAGGAUCUCUACUGUUGCACUGCGUUUGGAAAACAAUUCCAGCUUCUUGCUGUACUUCAUUCUGGAUUUCUAUGGGACGGUGUGUGACGUGUACCUGAAGUACAAUCUGCCUAUUCUGAUAAUGCCUCCUGCUGGGGUUUUCUACCCAGCACUUCUCAGCAUGGAUUCUGUCAACUUGAACCAGCUCUGCUACAUUAUGUACAGGUAUCGAGCCAACUUGAUAGCUGCAAAAGGAAAUGAGCUGACUAAAAAGAAAAUCCUGCAGCUCGAGUUCAAUGAGCGCGCGUACCAAGAGUACAACCAGUACACAAUAGCUAUGGUGGGCUGUCUGUGGACAUCCAGUGCAUUCCAAAAGGAUACUCAUGCUCAAGGUCUUUGUAUGGAUGAUAAACUGCUGAGUAAAACUGCAGUGAAGGAAUUAAAAACCAGCUUUAACAUUGUCUAUCAUCCAGCCAUGAUGGGCUACUCUAUUGAAUUCCUGCAGCAGAUUUGUCCUGAUGAUGCCACCUUCAACUUCAAAUUAAUUAAGGGGAGGAGAUGGGACUGGUAUCUGGAAUAUCUCUACAUGCAAGGUUUGAAGGGGCUGAAGGUCUUUAUUGAGAGCAGCAUCAGUCGUGUUUCCCAGGCCACUUGCAGCAGAGCAGAGAAUGUGGAAGCAUGACCCUGGGACUCACUGGAAUUCUUCUGUCAUCUGGAGCAGACUAGCAGACUCUAAAACACUGUGUCACUAAUUCUUCCUUGCUCAGAGGAGAGAAACAGAGCAAUUACUCUUACCUGCACUUUUGUACUGACAUCUCUCUUAGGAAGGUGAAGACACAUGUUGAGGCUGGCUUGAUUCCCUAACACUGAACCCCCUGUUGGCCCUGCUAAGCUUCUCUGGUCUGAAGCUGGUGAACUCUGCUAUGUAACAUCCACAUUUUUCACCCUCAUGUUUCUCUGUUGGAGUAUCUGUUUUGAUUGGGAUACAAACAUUUUCCAUCUCAAAACUGCAGUGAGCAGUGGUGCUUCAUUUAUAAGUGAUGUUGGCCCCUGACCUGCUUUGCCUUCCUCAGCAGCAGGUAACGAGAAACAACUUAAUCAGCUUUUCAGAGGUGCUGUGUGCAUCUUGGACUGGAGCAAGGAUUUCCCAAUCCUCUGUUGAAUUCUGUGUGACUUUUAACGGACUGGCCCAAGUUCAUCCUCCUGAAAUUUCAUUUUGAGUCUUACAGAACAGUUUAUAACUUUGGUUAUAAUGAUGUUUUCGUGCAGCUGGAAAGCUUGGUGUUCAGUUGAUGAUUUAUUGAUUUAAGCACUUAUACAAUGUUGCCACCAGCUCACCAUUUUCUGUAUUGAUAAGUGCAAAUCUAGCUUUCCUUUUCGAGUUUUUAGCUCUGUAGGUGUUGUAUAUUAUUUGUGUACAUAUGUAUAAUUUAUAUUCUGUAAAAUAUUUCUGUGUCUUUUUGAAAAAACUCGUUUACAAAAUUUAUCUUCUGUCAUUUCAUUUUAAAUCUGAGUAGAAGCUGAGAGAAGCUGAACUGAAGUUUCCAAAAUUUGAAUGAACUUUAUUUUUCUGCUGUAAAACAAGGUUGUAACCACUUGAGAGUUGGGUUAGAUUAUACUGAAUUUUGCAUUGUGAAUCUGUACUUUGAUUCAGUAAAUGAAUCAGUCCUGAGAGUCACUCUGGAGCUACUCAAGAUGUUUGCUUUCUUCAUCCCCUCAAAAUCAGGCUGGUUGAGUACCACAGUCCUCAGCUCAAGUACCUCUGGUUAAUAUGUCUAAAGUAUUGCCCUUCUCGUUCAUUUGUGUUAUCCCAAGUAGUAUAAGUGCUGCUUGCUAAGUUUUGUCAAGAGAAACAGAUUUUCAAAACCCUGAUUAUAUUUUUUCAACAGCAGAAACUCCACAUAUUAAAAAUUCCUCCCAAGUGGAUAUGUUUCAAGAUGUGGCCCUAACUUAUAAUGAGUUUUAUAAUUUUUCUGCGAAGCUACCUUCAAAAAGAUGUUGGAAAUGUUAUUUCCUUUUGUGCUGCAAAGGCUGUGUACUGCAGUCACUAAGGACACCUUAACCCUUAGCUUUUGUCCUUACACCAUGCAGGUGUCUUCAGAUGCUGACCAGACUUGCACUUCCACACUGGGGUUCUGUUCAGGAACGAGGCUGGAGUGAUUCCCUCUGACAGAUUUGUGCAUGACAGCCUCAUUCAGUGGGGAAAGGAGCAUGUGCAGAACAUCUCAAAGAAGCAAUAGCCAGGGAGACAAGGCUUCCUGUUGGCUGGGUGCUGUUUGGAGUUUGUGGAAGGUGCAUUUCUGUCAGACUGGAGGUGCUGCCAGAGACUUCAUUUCACUUGUGAAAGAUGCCUGGGUUCUUAAGAGUGUGUGUGAUGUGUAAAUGUAUUUAAAGGAGCUUAUAGCAGAAUCCUUUAAGAUAUACUGAAUGUUUUACAGUUACUGGUCCCUGAGAUCAGUUUUUCCCUUGGGGUUGGUGUUUGGUUGAGGAAACAGAAUCAUGUUAUGGAAGACUUGCAGUGUCACAGGUCUUUAUUAUACCCUGCGUUGUGAAAGUAUUUAAGCAGACUUUGCAUGGUUUUGAUAUUCAAGUACACAGGCUGGGCACUUGGAGGUGCAGAACUACAGCAACAGGACUGAUAACUUGAUCUUAAUGUUAGGUGGUUGUUGUGUUGUUGUUGUUGGACAAGAUGCCUGUUUAAAAUCCAUCCCACGCAGCAAAAAUGUGCCUGGUAUUAUUGGGCACUAGAGACUACUUUUAGCCUCUUCAUGCUGUGGUAACUUUUGUC